AUGUUUGAGAUGAAGAGAGCAAUUGACGCUUUAGUUGUUUUAGCUGGUAAGGUUUCAGAAUAUAACGCAAAAAUGAACCCGCAAUGUUCUAAAUGUAAAGCAGCAAUGAGGAAAUAUAACUACUCCGUCAAAGAGAUAGAACGUAUGAGAAACGACUAUGCAGACUUAAAGAAAGAAGCAGAGAAGCCGGUAGAAAAUAAAAUGGACAUGUUAGCAUUUCUGAACAAAAACUAUCCAACAGCAGAAGAUUUCCUUCUAUCUGACGUCAAGAAGAAGUAUAAAGAAACCUUCGGCAUAGUUAAAACAUUCGAUGUACUAAAAGAAGAAAUAGAGGCUACAAAACUGUUUAGGAUUUCAAAUAUACAUCGUACAAUUCAUGUAAAACGCUUGUGA